GGCUGCGUCUGUGGGCUCGGCAGCUGCGUGGUUUCCAGGCGCCGCGGGAGAGCAGCUGGGGAAGGCCGCCCAGCUGGGCCUGGCGGGGACGAGUCCCUUGCUUAGGACAGAUGAUUGGCAGAUGGGCAGCAGGGAGAGGCCCUGGAACCAGUGGUCCUCAGCCGGGUUGCAGGGCGUGAGACCGAGGAUCAGCGAAGGCGGUGCGCAGUUAGGAAGUAAAUCUCAGAUCUAGCUGCCAAAAUGUGGCACCUCUUGGCCACCCUCGGCUGCCUGCUGGUGCUGACCAGUGCGCAGAGCAGUGUGCGUUUCCCACCCAUGUCGGAUGAGCUGAUCGACUAUGUGAACAAGCGUAACACCACUUGGAAGGCCGGACAGAACUUCCGCAAUGCGGACCUGAGCUACGUGAAGAAGCUGUGUGGCACCUUCCUGGGUGGGCCCAAGCUGCCCGAGAGGGUUGCGUUGGCUGGGAACAUGGCUCUGCCCAAAAGCUUCGAUGCCCGGGAGCAGUGGCCAAACUGCCCGACCAUCAAAGAGAUCAGAGACCAGGGUUCCUGUGGCUCCUGCUGGGCGUUUGGGGCUGUGGAAGCCAUUUCCGACCGGAUCUGCAUCCACAGCAAUGGGCGUGUGAACGUGGAGGUGUCUGCCGAGGACAUGCUCACCUGCUGCGGCCUGGAGUGUGGGGAGGGCUGUAACGGCGGCUUCCCUUCUGGAGCUUGGAACUUCUGGACGAAGCAAGGCCUGGUGUCUGGUGGCCUCUAUGACUCGCAUGUCGGUUGCAGACCCUACUCCAUCCCUCCCUGCGAGCACCACGUGAACGGCUCCCGGCCCCCGUGCACGGGGGAGGGGGCCACCCCCAAGUGCAGAAAGAACUGCGAGCCUGGCUACACCCCGUCCUACAAAGAUGACAAGCACUUCGGCUGCAGCUCCUACAGCGUCCCCAGCAACCAGGAGGAGAUCAUGGCCGAGAUCUACAAGAACGGCCCGGUCGAGGGGGCCUUCUCUGUGUACUCGGACUUCCUGCUGUACAAGUCCGGAGUGUACCAGCACGUCAAGGGGGAGAUGAUGGGCGGUCACGCCAUCCGCAUCCUGGGCUGGGGCGAGGAGAACGGCACCCCCUACUGGCUGGUCGGCAACUCCUGGAACACUGACUGGGGCGACAAUGGCUUCUUUAAGAUCCUCAGAGGACAGGAUCACUGCGGAAUCGAAUCGGAAGUCGUGGCUGGGAUCCCGUGUGCUAAGCAAGACUAGAAGCAGAUCUAAUCUGCUGUGGGUCUGUCUGGCGGCCCUGGAGCAAUUUUUCCCUAAAUAGAGCCAUUUGGACUUGGAUGAGAUGGGGGCAGGGACGUCUUUUAUCCUUUGAACUCAGAUAAGACACAAGAGGUCCUACAUGGGCCUGAAGGACCCAGCUGGGCCAGGCCCCGUGUCUGCCAUCAGCAGUUCUUCCAAGGAGACACAGCCAUGGCCUGCCCCGGACGGACUGCUGUCACGGUGCAGAUGCCUAGACACGGGAGCCUCCACCAGACGCACGUGAGCGCCUUCCUUCCCCGCCGCCGCCGCCGCCACCGCCACCCAGCGAGCACAACAGAGACCCCCAGGAUGCACAGGUUUUCUUCCUGUCCGGACUGAUCCUCACACACCGGCCAGCAGUCCCUCCCAGCUUCCUAGAUCCUGGGUGGGUGGAGGAGAGACAGCGGGGCAGCCCUUUGGAGAAAGCCCUGUUCACCCAGGGCCCCCACAUCUGGCCAGCUUCGCAGCCUCGCUAGCUUUCUCUGGUCUGGUCUUUGCACGAUUCUCUUUUUAAAGUUUUAUUUGAGGGGCAGCUCAGUGAUCACAUGAGUGAGUCUGGUAGCUGGAAGAGCGGUGCUGCCUCACAGGUUGUCUCUGUAAAGCGGAGCUGGCUGGUGAUUUGACUGACUGACCCCCCCGCCCCAUACCAGGGAACUAGUUUGGGAGAAACCAGCUUUCAACUGUUUAAAAUCAUGGCUGCACCCUGUUAAGGACGUCUGUGCCCAUAAAGCGCCUGUCCUUCAACGUGAAGUCUGCAUUCUGCUGGGAUCUCAAAGAGCAUUUGUCACUGUCUAGACUUGUAGCCACUGUCCCUGCUCAUCCGCCAGAAUCAUGUUCCCAUGGACCUGGGGGCCCUUGAAACGCUAACCAGGGAAAUCUUGCCUCAGUUGAGUCGAACAAAAUAAAUACCUAAUUUUAACCUC